CCCGCCGUCACUGUGGAGGAGUCAGUUGGGCCUUCUGGGCUUCCUGGUCCUCGGCUCCGCCUCGCCUCGAUCUGGCCGGACAGGGAAAACACUUCUCAGUUAAAGAACAAAAGCAACAACGGAUGGACCGAGGGGGACGAAGCGAGGGUUACACAAAUCCAAACCUAUAUAUCUCGCGGAUUGAGCGAUUUGUGCCCUCUACGGCAGGAUUUACCCGACGACUGAACUACUGAGAAAGGCGACAAACUUGGUCGCCUCGCAUCUUUGUACCCGACCGUAAUCCGUCGAGGUGCUUGAUAAAUAAGACAAGGGUCAAACAGACAGACGGACGGUAUUGUUUCCUUGGUCCUCUUCUAAACUUCGGCCAUAAAAAGCGGAGGGGCAGAGUGGAAACUCUGGGAGUCAUUUGUUUUCUUUUCGCUCAAACGGACCUCGCGAAUAAAAGGUUGCUUAGGCAUUCUCGGCUUGGACGUUUCUUGUGUGGCUAAAGCGACCUUAAACGUUGGUCAUGGCGUUGGGUAGACUAACAUAACCCCAACCAAAUGCGCAACAUUUCCUGUGCUGUCCCAAAUAAAGAACAACUCCUAAAUGACGAGUACAUGGUUUCUCUUGUGGUAUCUGCCUUUGGGAAGAGGCUACACUUAACUUUCGGUUCCGAGAACUUGGAAGUGGAACAAAGCCUGACUGGGAAGGGGUGAAAGAGCCUAUUUUGAUAUCCCAGAUGGAAACGUACAGUGAACAUAAUGGCAGAAAUGGACUACUUAUGAGCGUGAAGGAGUGCUUUGAAGGGAAAAUAACAAAGACAGAAUGUGAAGGAAAGCUUGAAGGUAAACGCUCCUCCAAGGAUUUGCGCCAGUCUGCCAGCCCAGCUGAAGGCAACGUGAGUGGUGUGGCUAGUUUCACCACCAACCACAACUCCGUUGUGUGCCUGCCUCUAGUGUCAGAGGGUCUGAAAUUGGUAUGGACACAGUCGGAUCAAACCCGUGAACUUGACACAAUCCCAGAGCUGGUCCAAGCCUUUAACUUAUUUCCGUACCCAUCAUCCCGUGAGGUUAACACCUUGGCCCGGGUGUGUGCCUUGCCACUGGACAAAGUUAAGGUGUGGUUUAUGGUGCAGAGAAUUAAAUAUGGUAUCAGCUGGUCCUCAGAGGAAAUAGAGGAGACACGGCGGAAGCUGGCAGUGCCUGAGCUUUGCGAUGACUCUACUGAAACAAAUGAGGAAGUCAAAAUGAAUAGCAAGAGCAGAAGUUGUGAGGAAUUGGUAAUUGAGGAUAAGGACAGUGAAGAAGUAGAGUGUGCUCUCUCCAGUUUCACCCCUCAGAAGAAGAAACCAAAGUGUGAGUCACCAGAUACCUAUAAACCAGCCAAACCCACUGCCCCAUGUUUCAGUUCCACCCUCCCACCUCCUCAGGAUUCGUACUUCUACCGCCCACCAGCAGACACACCAGCAAGCACAGCAGCUGAUGUCUCCGUUGACCCUUCAGAGUCAUCUUCACAACAGCAUCGUCAUGGCCGCUACAAAAAGUCUAAAGCUCAGCUCGCUGCCCUUCGAAAGAGCUUUUUGAGGGAGAACUGGCCUGCAGAGGCAGAGCUUAGACGUUUGCAGGAAGAAACUGGGCUGAGCCGUAAUGACAUUCGGAAAUGGUUCAGUGACAGCCGGUACCAGCUUAGGGUUGGCCGAGGAAGCCUGGCAGCAGCCCAGAACUGCUCUCAAAACACUGCAGUAGGAGGUAAACCUGACCAACAAAUUCAACCUCUUCCUCUUAUUUCUCAAAAUACUCGUCAGCUAAAUGGGGCAAAGGGCCACGAGGGAGCCCGUAGCAAUGGGAUUAGAAAUUCACAUUUCUUUCAGACCUUUUUGUCAAACAGCCUGGAAGCAUUUGGGGAAAGAGUCCUUGAGGCAGAAGGGUUGGAUGUUACAGAGGAGCUUUCUGCUGAUGGGGACAGUUUUAAAGACGAGGAACAAAGUGAAGAACAACCCUUACAACUGACCAAGACCUGCACGAUUGAGCCAGAUGUUCUACGUGAACCAUCAGCUAUAUUGACAUCCUCUCCCUACUCUUCCCCUUCUGGCAGCCCACCACUGACUGCCUCGCCUAAUAAACUGCAUUCAAAGAGCAUCAGCACAUCAAAGAAGUCAGUCCACUCAGCCAAAGCCAGUCCUUCACAAACGCCCUUGCACGUCUCAGGGGCUUCCUCAUCCACAUCCCCUGCCCUCACUCCUGCUGGGCGACCAAGAAAGACCAAGGAGCAGUUGGAUGUGUUAAAGCAACACUUCUUGCAGUGCCAGUGGCCCAAGAGUGAAGAUUACACUGAGCUUGUUAAGCUUACAGGUUUACCCCGGGCAGACGUUAUUCAGUGGUUUGGGGACACGCGGUAUGCUGUUAAAAAUGGUCAGCUGCGCUGGGUAAAGGGGGUCCGCGACAAGUUCUUGGCAGAACUUGCAGCCCAGCAAAACAGCAGUGGUUUAACUAACGGAAGUGGCUCUGGGACAUCUACUCGGGCUGGGGGUAGCCGCAAACGAAAAUCUCAAGCAAAUGGAAAUAGUACAGAUUCCCCAGAUAUCCAGCCAUUGGUAACAUAUUACCUUUCGACGGGCUCACUAAAUGAAAAAGACCUUGACUCACUAUGCAAGAAAUCAAGAAUGAGCUACCAGCAAGUGCGAGAUUGGUUUGCAGCCCAGGAUGUCGGAGAGACUGACCAGGAACCUAUUGUUGCUGAUUAAGACACUGGAACCAGACUUAAGAACAUUUGUAAAAGUUGGAGGAGUGCGCCUCACAUCCUUUUGCACCAACAAGCAUAGUUAUUACUUUGGUUUAAAUUGCUUUAAUUGAGGCAGGUUUGUAACAUCCAGUCUUCCCAGUACAAGCCCAAAGUGAGGUUUGUGUUUUUUAUAAUAUGCUGCAUUUCCUGCUUAUCCUAAUAUAUUUGGACUUGAAUUAUAAUUGUGCUGCCCGUGUUGCUGUAAAUAGGACAGUAACUUGUACACUGGUUUGCUAUAUUUUUUGAUCUUAUUAUUUUUGUUUAGGUAUCAGUACUAUCUUUUUCGUAUGCUAUGGUAGCAGUAUAAUUUAAACAGGUUGUACUUUUGGUACCGGACUACAGCAGAUAAGUAACUGCUCUGGAAAAAUGUCUUUGCUGAUGAAUUUGUUGACUGAUCACUGUGUGUAAUCCAUUCCUUUACAGCCAAUAAUUCCUUGUCAUGAAAAUCACACUGGACAUGUACAUUUUAAAUUAACAUCUUGCACUUUGGUUUUAGAGCCUGCUGCCAUUAUGUUCAUUACACCCAAUUCUUUAAAAACAAAAAGAGUUCCGAACUAAACUGUGUCAUUCUCGACCCCUUAACACUCGAAACCUAUCGUCAUGCCUUUUGAAAACAGCAUGGUACAUAUAAUUAUACUACUGUCAACAUAUUUCUGAAACACAUUCCCCCAUUCUCUGUAGACACUCUGCUGUAAUACUUGAUUUACUAUUUGCAUUUGACUGCACAUUUUUAACAGUAAAAGCUAAAUGUACUAAGAAAGCAUCAAUCACAUCAACAUCAUACAGAUGACAGAAUUGCCAACUUCAAUUUAUAUUUGCACUCAUUGAUUCAGUCAGUAUUUUUACAUCUCUUGUCUUAAUAGGUGUAGGCUGUGACUUGAUGGAUUAUAAUAUAGACAAACUAGACAUGAUAACUGAUAGGGGUCCAUGUACUGCAUAAGUAGUAAAGAGUUUGAAUCCAAAGAAAUAUUAUCUUUCCGUUGAGUCUGUUGUGAAUUAUAGCACAAACAAAAAAAAAAAACUCUAUACAUACAGAUAGUAGUACUUAGUUGACACACAGGGCGUGGAGUGGGCUUUAAAUGGAGUCACAGUUUAGUUCAUUAGAAAUAUCUGGACAAAGGUAAGAUUACCAGAAUGUUGAUAAAACGAUGAGCACCACUGUUUUAUCAUUCUAUUAAUAAUGAAAAGUUAAUGCAACUCAUGCUGUGGGUAAAUGUCCAUAACAAUUGGUGUCUUCCUUUGCAGAUGUUUUCAAUGUAUUUUUUCCUGUUUGAAAAAAAUUCUCACUCACACAAUUGUGUCACUGGAAACCAGUAAAGGAUUUGCCUUUAUAA